UUUCCGCUAUUUCAAGGCUGUGUGGUGGGGGGCGGCGGUGCUUAUUCGUGCAUUAAUGCUGCGGUUGUCUUAGGAUUGAAGUUCACGGUGUCAUCAAAAUGACACCAGAAAGUGCUGGCGUUAGGCCGUUUUAAUUCAAAAAUGAGAGUAAAGGCCUACAGGUAUUACGAUAUCGAGGCGACGUCCUGUUCGUCAAUCACCGUACUGAUAUUAAACCAACCUAGAUAGGUUUGAAAGGCCGGCGAUGGCUGCAGGCCUGUCCAUGGAUAGCCUUCUGGCAGACCUGUGCUCACAGGUGGAGAAGGUCAAAAUCAAGUUAAUUGACAAGGAUUUUGCAGAGCACUUCCAAUGGCUGGACGAGAUCGUGGACGAGACGUGCAAGCAGCUCUGGGGCGGCGACGAGGAGAACCAGCCGGAGGUGGACGCCGAACCGGUCACCGAGACGGGCCCGUACCUGCUGCCGCGCACGCCCAGCAUGAAGCGGCGGCGCAAGGAGACGGACCAGGGCCGGCUGGCGGCGCUUAACGCCAGCUUGCUCGAGACGUCGACCACCACGCGCAGCCGGCGUGCCGCCUCCCGAGUGGCCACGGUGAAGAUGGCGCUGGCGCGGCAGAAGCAGAACCAGCCGGCCCGCAAGCUGCGUCGGCCCCGCAGCUCGUGCGUGCGCGCCGAGCAGCGGCUCAUGGACGAAGUGCGCCGCGGCCGGCUGCCCGGCGGUGCCGACGAGUCCGCCCAGUGGGCCUCCACGGACGACAACAGCGAGGAGGAGGCCGUGGUCGAGAAGCCGGCCGUGCGCACGAUGGUGCGCGCGUACGAGGCGCUGGUGGGCGGCUCGGAUGACGCCUCCACGCCAGCAGGCGCGUACUCGUGCGGCGGGAGAGUGCGCAAGGAUGGAGAGGACACGAAGAUGACGUCAGUGGAAAUUGUUGAGAAGACGCCUCCUAAUCGGCGCCAGACGCGCACCAGAGCGGCCGAGACGACGCAGGACCAGGGUGACGCUGAGCUGAAAGGGCAGGGCGAGAAGACCCCGCCGCGGAACCAGCGGCAGACGCGCACACGCGCUGUGGAGAGUGCGCAGGAUGAAGAGGACUCGAAGAUGACGUCAGUGGAAAUUGUUGAGAAGACGCCUCCUAAUCGGCGCCAGACGCGCACCAGAGCGGUCGAGACGACGCAGGACCAGGGUGACGCUGAGCUGAAAGGGCCGGACGAGAAGACCCCGCCGCGGAACCAGCGGCAGACGCGCACACGCGCUGCGGAGAGCGCAGAGGAUGAAGAGGACGCGAAGAUGACGUCAGUGGAAAUUGUUGAAAAGACGCCUCCUAACCGGCGCCAGACGCGCACCAGAGCGGCCGAGACGACGCAGGACCAGGGUGACGCUGAGCUGAAGGAGCCGUACGAGAAGACCCCGCCGCGGCACCAGCGGCAGACGCGCACACGCGCUGCCGGAGAGCGCGCAGGAUAA